AUGGCGCACUUACUGAGAGGUAAACAGGCUGGGAUUCAGCGAGACUUGUCUGAGGGCUUGUCCCCUGAGCUUUUCGGAAUUGACGACUUUGCACGAUGUGGGAUUAACUCGCAAAUCAGUGCGAUUGCAUACGACCCGGUACAAUCCUUACUGGCGGUGGGCACCAGCGAUACUUCCUUUGGAAGCGGGCAGAUCUAUGUUUUCGGGCAACGACGGGUUUUUGUGGUCUUCAGCUUCCCCCGCAAAGCAUCGGCGAAGUACAUCCAGUUCUGCGCCGACAAGCUCAUCAGUGUGGAUUCAAAGAAUGAAGUCUGCAUUUUCUCUUUAGAGUCCAAAACUUUGGUCACCUCUUAUGCGCCGCCAGGCCAACCCACUGCGCUAGCGACGGACCCGAGUCUCGAGUAUGCUUUCAUUGGAUUGUCUAAUGGUGAAACUAUUGCCUAUGACCUUGACAGAGAGUCCUUGACGCCGUUCAAAAUUCCGAAUCUCUGGUUGGAACAAAAUCCCCGUUCACGUUUCAAUCCAGUUGUUUCCUUGGCCUUCUCAACACGCGACAUCGGCAAAAUCCUGAUUGGAUAUCCGGAGGGUGCGGUGACGUUCUCUUUCAAACAGAAUGUCAAGCAGAAAGUAUUCGUGUAUGAGGUUCCAGUUGGGGCCCCUGGAGGAGACUCUGAAAUGCCGGCUGCGGGAGUACGUCGACCAAGACUGACCAAUGCGAUCUGGCAUCCGAACGGCAUAUUCGUUUUGACCGUCCAUGAAGAUACUAGCCUCGUGUUAUGGGACUCAAAGGAUGGCCGAAAACUUCAUGCGCGCAGCGUCGACACUGCGAAUGUCGAUCAAGCUGGCACGUCUGGACGGCCUAGCUCGGUUGACGGCUUUUCUGGACCGAAGGAGCCCAUCACAAAAGUGAUAUGGUGCGCGAAAGAAAAUCCCGAUGAUACUGGACUUCUCAUCGCAGGUGGAAAAUCGAUGGCCGACCCAAACAAGGGCUUGACGUUCUUGGAUAUGGGACCAACGCCAAAUUACGCGACUUCAUCGUGGCAAAUACUGGCAAGCUAUUUCGAACGACCUCGCCGUAUUGUUAACAUUCCCAUUCCGCCUGCUGCUCAAGCCGUAAACAUUUGCCUCAUUCCUCGCUCCUCGCCAUACUUCGCUGGUGCUCACGAUCCCAUCGCCCUGCUCGUCGUCCUCUCUUCUGGCGAAUUGGCUACGAUGAGCUUUCCUUCUGGGCAUGCUAUCACGCCCACAAACAUGCUUCAUCCUUUCCUGUCCUUCGUGCAUCCAUUUGUGAACAAAGUAACCCUCACGCCUGUCGACCGGAGUGCGUGGCUCGGGCUUAAAGAACGCCGGGCUCAAGGGCCAAAGUUUGUCCUGGGAGGAGCGGAAGCGAAAAAUCCACUGAAGCGUUUCGAGAAUCGAAAUAUUCUUUCCACCGCACAUGCAGAUGGAACCGUUCGACUGUGGGAUGCUGGUCACGACGAUGAAAUCGAAAAUGGCGAGGCAAUUCAAGUCGACCUUGCGCGGGCAGUCGGCCGUGUUGGCAAUGUGGAAGUCACCGAAAUGUCCCUUGCUAGUACGACAGGCGAGUUUUCUGUUGGUCUUCGCAGUGGCGAAAUUGUGGUUUUCAGAUGGGGCAACAGCGCGUCUAUCGGCAAUGAGCAGCCUCCCGGUGUCAAUCAGGGUCCAGGAACUUUGACUCCCAUCAAACACAGAGUCGACCCAGGCUUGAAGACCGGCAUGCUCCCUCUGACCUUGCUGAAUAUGCAGCAAGGACCGGUGACUGCUUUGAAGCACAGUCAGGUUGGCUUUGUUGCGGCAGGCUUCGAAGCAGGCAGUGUAGUAAUCAUUGAUCUUCGCGGUCCCGCAAUUAUCCAUACUGCGCAUCUGUCUGAGCUCCUCAAAGCGCCCAAACGCGGCAGCUUCCUGAAAUCACGAGCUACGGAAGAGACCCCGGCAGAGUGGCCGACCAGUAUCGAAUUUGGUGUGAUGACUCUGGAAGGAGAAGGUAUGGACCUAAAAAGGCCCCUUAGUUCUGCACUAUCAGCCCACUUCAACUUUACUGACCGUCAAAUCGCAGACUACUCUAGCAUAUGCUGCUUUGUGGGAACCAAUAGAGGCAACAUGGCCACCUUCAAGAUUCUCCCCGCAUCGAAUGGUGCCUACUCAGCUACGUUUGCCGGGUCUACCGCAAUCGAUGACAAGAUCAUCAAGAUUAUCCCUAUCGACGCGGCAUCUGGAGGCCAGGCCAUUGCCACUCCAAAUGCAGUCGCUGGGCUGCGGACCAGCGAAAGAAUCAGCGGCGUUGUUGUUGCUGUGACACCCUCGAGUUGUCGGGUCUUUAGGCCCGCGACAGCCAAGGGGGCUCACAAGACCUGGGAUGACUAUCUUUGCGACACCGCCGCCGUGGUCAAAGUAGAAGGCCGUGGUUACAGCUUGGUUGGCCUGUUCGGAGAUGGCAAUGCACGCGCGUUCUCUUUGCCGGGAUUAAAAGAAAUAGGAUCUGCUCGAAUUGACUACAUCGCUGACAUGAGACGGCUCUCUGAGGCUUGCAUCACACCAAGUGGUAACGUACUGGCAUGGGUUGGACCUUCAGAGGUUGGCCUGUUUAACGUUUGGGGAUCUGGGCACAAACUAGCCAAGUCGCAAGAUCGUCUCUAUGAUCGAGAGAAAGUUGUCCCCCCGCGUCCCACCAUUACGAAUAUUCAGUGGAUUUCUGGAACACAAUAUGUAUCGCCAGCGGACAUGGACCUGCUCAUCGGUGGUCCCGAUCGUCCACCAUCCAAAAGAAUGAUUGAGCAGAUGCGUCUCGAAGAACAACAACGCCGUCAAGCCCUCCGCGAAGGUCGUGCAGCACCCUCAGAGCCCCAAGGGAAUCAAGAGGGUUACCUAGCAUACAUGUCACGUCAAGUGCAGGAGCGAACUGAGCGACUUGGGCUUGCAGGCGACUCGAUGGACCGAUUGGAAGAAAACAGCAGUAACUUUGCAAGCGACGUGGGCAAGUAUAUCCAGAACCAGAAACGGAAAGCUGUCUUUGGAGCCCUUGGUUCCAAGUUUGGCUUUUAG